AUGAUGGACGACGACGAUCUUCCAUCGAGUGGCAUUGGCCGCAGUGGCGCCAGCAGCAGCACCGGCAGCAGCAGCGGCAGCGGUGCCAGUCGCUCCAAAGACAAGCAUCAGAAGGCCAAGCGCACGGACGACCGACGCCGUGCUGCUGCUGCGGACGACGACGACGAAGGCAAUGACAAUGACAACGACGACGACGAGGAAGGCGAGGAUGAAGACGAUGACGACGACGAAGGCGACGACGACGACGACGACGACGACGAUGAGGACGAUGAGGACGACGACGACGACAACGAUCGCAGCAGAGGCAAGAAGCGCCACAAGAGCUCUACGUCGGGCUCGCGCAAGCGUCGUAAGGGUGGCGCAAGCAACUUCGUCUUGGAGGAAGCCGAGGUCGGCGACGAGGACGAAGAGGACGAGGACGACACAAUUUCAGCUGCCGAUCGCAUGAAGGGCGCAGCCGAAAGCAUUCCCCUCACGAGCCGUGCGCGCGACAAUCAGCGUGAUGUGCUCGCACGCAUUGAAGCUACGGCGCGCUUGGAAGAAGAGACCGCUGCCAAGCGUGCAGCAGAGCUCGAGCGACGCCGCGCUCUCGGCGAGAACAUUGAAGAGGAUGAGCGCAUGUUUGCCGAAGAGGAUGAGGAGCAGGAAGACGAAUACGACGAUGACGACAUUGACACUGGUGUGGCACCUUCGUUGCAGCAACAAGCCAAACUCCCGACGAGCUCGGACCCUCAGUUGUACCUCCUGAAGUGCCGUAUCGGGCACGAGCAAGAGGCCGUGCUGUCGCUCAUGCGCCGCGCCCAAGACCGCGUUGCCAAAAAUCUCCCUCCGCUUGGCAUUGUUUCCGUCAUUGCGCGCAAUCAUAUUCGCGGGUUUAUCUACGUCGAAGCAUACAAGAAUCUCCAAGUUCAGGAUGCCAUCAAGGGCCUUUCUGUCUUGGGCAUGGCUUACUACAAGCAACAGCUUAUUCCCCACAAAGACAUGCCCGAUGUGCUCUCGGUCGUGCAGGCAGAGGCCGUUCUGAAAGUUGGCGCCUGGGUUCGCCUCAAGAAACUUGCCCUGUACAAGAAGGAUUUGGGCGUGGUUGUGUCGAUGGAAGCAGACGGCGCGUACAUUAAGAUUAUUCCGCGUGUCAACUUGCAAGAGUUGAACGACGGCACAAGCGAGAACAAGGGUGGCUUCAAAACAAAGGCCGAAAAGUCAAAGCGACCCCAGCCAGUGCUGCUGGACUCGACCCAGCGCGGCUCUGCGCCGGACCUGUUUGAACUCGAUGACGAGAGCGACUCGCAGAUGUUUGGACCAGGAGUGUACCGCUUCACUGGCUCCUCCUCGCAAAACAACAUGCCCGAGUACGUGACUGAAGACGGCUUCAUGUACAAGUUCUUCAAGACAGAUUCCAUCGAUUUGGUCAAUGUCAACCCGACAAUCGAAGAGCUCAAGCGAUUCAAUGCGACGCCAGACGAGUUGCGAAAAUCGGACUCUAUCUCGGCCGAACGCAGAUUUGUCGUGGGCGAUCGUGUGGAAGUCACGGCGGGCGAAUUGCAAUACCUGACUGGUAUUGUGCGAAAUAUCGAUGGCGAUGCAAUCUUUAUUUUGCCAACUCAGGCAGACUUCAAGGAGGAGCUCCGUGUUCCCGCUUCCCUCCUCCGUAAAGCGUUCAUUCUCGGUGACCACAUCAAAGUCAUUGCUGGCAAUCAUGAGGGCGAAACCGGUCUUGUGACGCGGGUGGACGACAAGAUUGUCACAUUCGUGUCCGAUUUGACCAUGAAAGAGAUGAAGGUGUUUGCCAAAGACUCUCAGAUUGCCACGGAGGUCACGUCCGGUCUCGACAAGCUUGGCCAGUUUGAAUUGUACGAUCUUGUGCAGCUCGAUCCGCAAACGGUUGCCUGCAUCACCAAAAUCGAGAAGGAUUCCUUCAAGGUUCUGGACCAGAACGGCAGCGUCCAGCGCAUCGAGCCACGCGCCAUCUCCCAAAAGCGCAACUCAAAAUUCUCCAUGUCCCUUGACGGAGAGCACAAUUCGAUUCAAGCCGACGACAUUGUGAAGAUUAUGGAUGGCGCAUUUACGGGCCGCCAAGGCACCAUUAAGCACAUUUAUCGCUCUGUGGCGUUCGUGCACUGCCGUGAAGUGAUUGAAAACUCUGGCAUUCUCGUCUGCCGAACUCGGGGCCUGCUUUCUGUCAGCGGCAAGGGCACCAACAAGAAGUUUAUGGAUCCAGCAGCACCAUUUGGAGCAUCCUCGUUCGUUCCAGCAUCGCCCCGCAACGGUGUCGAUCGCCCUGUUGGCAACACUGGUGCUCCCACCCCUGCUCCAGCUGGCGGUCUUGGACGCGGUCGCGGCGCUCGGCGGCACGACGAAAUGAUUGGCAAGUCUGUUGUCAUUCGGAGCGGCCCAUACAAGGGUCUUUUGGGCAUUGUCAAGGAUGCUACCGAGACUGUCGCGCGCGUUGAGCUGCACACCAAGGCCAAAACCGUGUCCGUGGACAAGGCGCAGCUCCGAUACCCCUCGAACCCCGAUGGCAGCGAUCCUAUGCUGGGCGGCCGAACACCAGCCAUGGGGGGUCGCACUCCUGCAUUUGGCGGCCAGACACCGAGCUAUGGCGGCCAAACUCCUUCUGCUGGAAACAUGACGCCCUCACAUGGCGGCAUGUCGUAUGGCUCGAUGACGCCUCACUCGCGCAAUACGGGCGCCUGGGAUCCUUCUGUGACCAACCAAUCGCGAAGUGGCAACUUUGGCUACGAUUCUCACCCCAGCGAUCGCGAUCGCUACCAAGACUACAACCCUGGCUCAGUUAAUUCGUACUCUCAAACCCCCGGCAUGGGCUCCGUGGGACCACAGACACCCAUGAACGACAUUGGCACCCCCGCUGGCACUCCCGGCGUCUUCUCCGCACCCACGCCAAGCAAUCUCGCCACACCUGGUGGCUACCACAUUCCGUCUGUGAGCGCGACGCCAGGCCCGCACCUGAACGCAUACACACCUGCUCCACCAAGCAUGCAUUCCGGUCGCGCAUUGGAUGCCAUGACUCCGGCGAUUCAUUCGGCGCCGACACCAAUGUCAGCCAUGACGCCGGGCGCGAUGAACCCCAUGACACCUGCGGCGUUGAAUCCAAUGACGCCGGCUCCCGCACAGACUCCUGCUCCUGCUUCGAUCGGCUCGCCGUUCAUCAGGGACGCCGAAGUGACCAUCUCGCGCCCGAACGAUCCACGAAUCAACGGCCACACUGCUGUCAUUCUCGAGGCGCGAUCGGAAGACUCCUUCUUGGUCAAUCUGCUUUCCAACAACGAGGAGGUGCUCUGCUCGUCGGGCGAGCUGCAGCCUGUCGCGCCCAGCCGUGGCGACGACGUCUACUUUACGCAGGGUCCGCGCCAAGGCCAGACAGGCUCCCUUGUGUCGCUCGCUGCUGGACAGGCGAUCGUUACCAUUGGUGGAGAUCCUGCCGUCUUCCAAUUGGACGACCUCUUCCGCACUGCCGUCAAGCUUCAUCGCAGCCAGCAUCUCUAAAAGCCAUCAGCGAGACUUUUGCCUUGUUUUCGUUGUGGGCACUUGUUCUGUUUGUUUUUGUUUUGAUGUUUUCCAGCGUCUCCUUUAUUACAUUUGAUCAUGGAUUUUUUCCCGC